AUGAAUUUGCCGUCUUCAACCAGGACAGUUAAAGCCCUGAGUGAGGUUGAAGCUUUUGCUCUUCGAGCUGAAGACCUAAAGUUUGUCGCUAAUCAGUUUAGGCGUCUCCACAGCAAAAAGCUGCAGCACACCUUUCGAUUUUACUCUCACCAUUGGAGGACUUGGGCCGCUUGUUUUAUACAGGCUGCUUGGCGUAGAUAUAAGAAAAGGAUGUCUGCCAAAGAUCUCGGUUUUAGAGAAUCCCUUCCUUUAGACGAGACAGAGGCCAGUGAGAGAGAACAUGAAGAGGAAUAUCCUACUGGUUCAAACUCAUCUCAGGCUAAAAUGAAUCUCGGGGUCACAAUUCUUGCUUCAAGGUUUGCUGCUAACACACGUAGAGGAGCACUAAAGAUGAAAGAUGACUUGCCUAAGCUACGAAAGCCUGAAGAACCCGAUUUCACCACCGAAGCAGAUGACGAUUAA